UUUUCUAUUUUCAGUCCGUUUAACUUCACUGGUAAAGCUCCACCAGCCUCAAAGAAAGCCGUGGAAGAACUAGAAACUAGAGUUAUUUCCCCUACCUCUCCACAAUGUGCUAUAUGUCUAGCUGAAUUUGAAGAAGAAAACGAAAGUAAAAUUUUACCCUGCAAUCAUCAGUUUCAUUCCACUUGUAUCUUAACUUGGCUAAAACAGGUAAAUUCCUGUCCAGAGUGUCGACAUGAGUUACCAACUGAUGAUGAACAAUAUGAAGAAAUGAAGAGACACAAGGCUAGAGCUAAACAGAGAGAGUUUGAACAAGAAUCACUGCAUAAUUCAAUGUUUGGAUGA